GUAGGAGACAGGUCAGACUAUGCUGUAGUAUUGUAGGAGACAGACUCUGCAGUUUAUAAGAUGGGUAAACCUUUGAUAUAACUACUAUGAUAUCAUAUGUUUCCAUUGGUGAUAUUUUAGUGCUUUGUUAGUAUGCACAGUAGGAUAAGAAUUUAGGAAUCACCCUGUACAUGUACUUUAUUGUUGAGACUCUAUAGUGUACCUGAGGAUUUACUGCACACCUGUAAAAUACUUUGGACUAUUAUUUUCAACACUGGAGUUAGUCGGUCUAUGGAGAGAAAUCAUAACCCGUUCUAGAACGACAUCGGGACACCUCCAAUAUGGCGUCGGGUUUCAUAUAUCAUGUUGCCAUCCUAUUUUCCCUGCUGUGUCUGUGUAUUGCUGAGGACAUCACCAUCAACACCAGACUAGGGCAAAUAGUGGGUACAAAGGACGCAUACGAGCAGAAGACAGUUUCUAUCUUCUAUAACAUUCCAUUCGCCAAACCUCCCGUGGGAGACCUCCGUUUCGCUCAACCUGUGCCCUACGGAAACUGGACUGGUACUCUUAAUGCUACCGUGUUUGGGAACCAAUGUAUGCAACGUGAUAAUCCUGUUUUACAAUUUCUAGGAGUAGAAAGUUCCGAAGAUUGUCUGAAUCUAAAUAUAUACGUACCAAACAACGUCAAUGAAUCUUCGAAGAAACCCGUGAUGGUUUGGAUACACGGAGGAGGAUUCACUAGCGGAUUAGCACAGAUUUACGAUUCAAGACCUCUAGCACUACAUGGAAACGUCAUUGUGGUCACUAUUCAAUAUAGACUCGGUAUCUUUGGAUUCUUCUCUCUUGGUAAAACAGAAGCACUUGGUAACUACGGUAUAUGGGAUCAGAUGCUGGCGCUAGAGUGGGUUCAUCAGAACAUUGACUCUUUUGGCGGGGACCCAACGUCCGUGACAAUAUUCGGACAAUCUGCGGGAGGAGCAAGCGUCUCACUUCUGUCUCUGAUUCCCAGAAACAGAAAUAGAUUUCAUCGAGUGAUCGCUCAGAGUGGUACAAUGACAGUACCAUGGGCUAUGACCAAUGCUACAGAAGCCUCGUAUGCUAUAGGGGAACUAGUCGGGUGUUCAAGAAGUCUCCAAACUACUGCGUUCGUCCGUUGCUUGCAAAGCGUAAAUUCCAGCACGCUCUUUAAUAGUUAUUGGGAAUAUAGUUACAGAGAUCCCUAUGCGUUUCCAUCUUUUCCAGAAAUCGGUCCUGUUAUCGAUGGCGAAUUGUUCAAAAUUGCACCGGCAAGUAUUCUGAAAAACCAUUCAUCAGAAGAAUAUCAAUUUUUCUCUUCUUUAGAUUUUAUGACAGGAACACUGAAAGCAGAUGGUGAUCUUGUACUAAUUUCGAUGACUGAAGCCUUUCAGAAGCAUCAUGGUUUUAAUCUAACCACAGGUGUAUCAUUCGAUGAGUUUUGUGACAUAAUUGUAAGUGCCUUUACGCGCAAUUUCUUCAAAAAUAAUGCUUUUGUCUUCAGAAAAAUUUGCGACGAGUACCAAAGCAAAAACAAUGUUUCUGAACAGAGCCGUCAAAUGGUGGAGCUAUUCACAGAUUUUCCGUUCGUUUAUCCUGCAUUUGAAAGUCUUCACCACCACAGCCAAGACAAUAUCAAGGCCAACACUUUUCACUACGUGUUUGAAUUGGAUGGACCACCAUUAACAUAUUUAUCACCACCCGACUGGUUUAUCGGCCCUGGUCAUGGAUAUGAAUUAAGGUACUUAUUUCCUGUCAAUCCUCCAUCCUCGGAGGAGUGGAAAUACAUUUCAUCUGUUAUGAUGGCAUACUGGACGAACUUUGCAAAGAAUGGGGAUCCAAACCACUCUUCGCUAACAAACUGGCCAAUGUACGAUAAUCAAAAAGAGGGUUACCUGGCUAUAAAUAGCAUCCAAUCAACAAUGAUGAAAUAUAAGAAACAUCGAAUAGAGUUCUGGGGAAGAGAUAUUCCGUAUUUAAUGAAAUCGGCUCCCACGGGAACGGUCACAAUUCCCACAAAGCUUGGUUUGAUGAUCGGUAACAUAAACUAUCUCAAUAACGAUCACCAGAAAAAAGUUUUGACGUUUUACAAUAUUCCGUUUGCCAAACCUCCCGUGGGAGACCUCCGUUUCGCUCAACCUGUGCCCUACGGAAACUGGACUGGUACUCUUAAUGCUACCGUGUUUGGGAACCAAUGUAUGCAACGUGAUAAUCCUGUUUUACAAUUUCUAGGAGUAGAAAGUUCCGAAGAUUGUCUGAAUCUAAAUAUAUACGUACCAAACAACGUCAAUGAAUCUUCGAAGAAACCCGUGAUGGUUUGGAUACACGGAGGAGGAUUCACUAGCGGAUUAGCACAGAUUUACGAUUCAAGACCUCUAGCACUACAUGGAAACGUCAUUGUGGUCACUAUUCAAUAUAGACUCGGUAUCUUUGGAUUCUUCUCUCUUGGUAAAACAGAAGCACUUGGUAACUACGGUAUAUGGGAUCAGAUGCUGGCGCUAGAGUGGGUUCAUCAGAACAUUGACUCUUUUGGCGGGGACCCAACGUCCGUGACAAUAUUCGGACAAUCUGCGGGAGGAGCAAGCGUCUCACUUCUGUCUCUGAUUCCCAGAAACAGAAAUAGAUUUCAUCGAGUGAUCGCUCAGAGUGGUACAAUGACAGUACCAUGGGCUAUGACCAAUGCUACAGAAGCCUCGUAUGCUAUAGGGGAACUAGUCGGGUGUUCAAGAAGUCUCCAAACUACUGCGUUCGUCCGUUGCUUGCAAAGCGUAAAUUCCAGCACGCUCUUUAAUAGUUAUUGGGAAUAUAGUUACAGAGAUCCCUAUGCGUUUCCAUCUUUUCCAGAAAUCGGUCCUGUUAUCGAUGGCGAAUUGUUCAAAAUUGCACCGGCAAGUAUUCUGAAAAACCAUUCAUCAGAAGAAUAUCAAUUUUUCUCUUCUUUAGAUUUUAUGACAGGAACACUGAAAGCAGAUGGUGAUCUUGUACUAAUUUCGAUGACUGAAGCCUUUCAGAAGCAUCAUGGUUUUAAUCUAACCACAGGUGUAUCAUUCGAUGAGUUUUGUGACAUAAUUGUAAGUGCCUUUACGCGCAAUUUCUUCAAAAAUAAUGCUUUUGUCUUCAGAAAAAUUUGCGACGAGUACCAAAGCAAAAACAAUGUUUCUGAACAGAGCCGUCAAAUGGUGGAGCUAUUCACAGAUUUUCCGUUCGUUUAUCCUGCAUUUGAAAGUCUUCACCACCACAGCCAAGACAAUAUCAAGGCCAACACUUUUCACUACGUGUUUGAAUUGGAUGGACCACCAUUAACAUAUUUAUCACCACCCGACUGGUUUAUCGGCCCUGGUCAUGGAUAUGAAUUAAGGUACUUAUUUCCUGUCAAUCCUCCAUCCUCGGAGGAGUGGAAAUACAUUUCAUCUGUUAUGAUGGCAUACUGGACGAACUUUGCAAAGAAUGGGGAUCCAAACCACUCUUCGCUAACAAACUGGCCAAUGUACGAUAAUCAAAAAGAGGGUUACCUGGCUAUAAAUAGCAUCCAAUCAACAAUGAUGAAAUAUAAGAAACAUCGAAUAGAGUUCUGGGGAAGAGAUAUUCCGUAUUUAAUGAAAUCGGCUCCCACGGGAACGGUCACAAUCCCCACAAAGCUUGGUUUGAUGAUCGGUAACAUAAACUAUCUCAAUAACGAUCAUCAGAAAAAAGUUUUGACGUUUUAUAAUAUUCCGUUUGCCAAACCUCCCGUGGGAGACCUCCGUUUCGCUCAACCUGUGCCCUACGGAAACUGGACUGGUACUCUUAAUGCUACCGUGUUUGGGAACCAAUGUAUGCAACGUGAUAAUCCUGUUUUACAAUUUCUAGGAGUAGAAAGUUCCGAAGAUUGUCUGAAUCUAAAUAUAUACGUACCAAACAACAUCGAUGAAUCUUCGAAGAAACCCGUGAUGGUUUGGAUACACGGAGGAGGAUUCACUAGCGGAUUAGCACAGAUUUACGAUUCAAGACCUCUAGCACUACAUGGAAACGUCAUUGUGGUCACUAUUCAAUAUAGACUCGGUAUCUUUGGAUUCUUCUCUCUUGGUAAAACAGAAGCACUUGGUAACUACGGUAUAUGGGAUCAGAUGCUGGCGCUAGAGUGGGUUCAUCAGAACAUUGACUCUUUUGGCGGGGACCCAACGUCCGUGACAAUAUUCGGGCAAUCUGCGGGAGGAGCAAGCGUCUCACUUCUGUCUCUGAUUCCCAGAAACAGAAAUAGAUUUCAUCGAGUGAUCGCUCAGAGUGGUACAAUGACAGUACCAUGGGCUAUGACAAAUGCUACAGAAGCCUCGUAUGUUAUAGGGGAACUAGUCGGGUGUUCAAGAAGUCUCCAAACUACUGCGUUCGUCCGUUGCUUGCAAAGCGUAAAUUCGAACACACUUCGAAAUAAUUAUUUGCAAUAUACAGACAGAUAUCCCAAUGCAUUUUCCUCUGUUGCAGAAAUCGGUCCCGUUAUUGACGGCGAGUUGUUUAGGUUGGCACCGGAAAGCCUUCUUAAAAUAUAUUCAUCAGAAGAAUAUCAAUUUUUUUCUUCACUGGAUUUCAUGACUGGUACAGUCAAAGCAGAUGGCAAUUAUGUGCUGCUUGAAAUGUCUGAAUCCCUUCAGAACAUCACGGUUUCAAUUUAACUAACGGCAUAUCAUCCGAACAGUUUUGUGACAUAAUUGUACCGCAAUUGACCUUAAUUUACUUCCAAAACAAUUCAUUAAUUUCAGAUAAAAUUUGCGAAGAAUAUCAUAUAAAAAAUAAUAUCUCCCAACUGAGUCGUCAAAUGAUUGACAUGUAUACCGAUUUCAUCUUUGCUUAUCCAGCGAUUGAAAGCCUUCGCUCUCACAUUCAUGAUAACGUCCAAUCGACCACGUUUCAUUAUGUGUUUGGAUUAGACGUGGGAUCGCUGUUAUUAACCUCCCCUCCCCCUUGGUAUAUAGGUCCUGGUCAUGCAGAUGAUCUAAUAUGUUUAUUUCCUUCUAUUCCUCUUUCUGGGCAUGAGGAGUACAUUUGUUCUGUUAUGCGGAGAUACUGGAUAAACUUUUCAAAAACUGGGUAAGUUUUCCUUUGUUUUAAACUUUUCUUAUUGAUUUUUAUCUAGAUCUGCAGAAUUGGAACAAUAGAUAUUGACUGGAAACAUUUCGUUUAGAGUCUUGGGAUCAUUUCUUUGUGCUUCAAUUUGUACUUUACAUAUUCGUUUGAGUAUAUAUCUUAGAAUUACCUGAUAACAUAAUUAUUAAAGGAUAUAACGCAUGUUA